GUUAAAGUAAUCCACCUCUCGAGGUGGGUUAGUUUUAAAAGUAACCCGGGUUAGUUUUCGAAAGUGUAGUCUAAGCGGGAAACUGGGGCGAACCCGGGUUAGUUUCUGUAAUGAACAUGCGCACUCGCGUUUAAAACAAAAACGGCGCCAAGCAAGGCUCUCUCUCUUGUUUUCACUCGACAGUCGAUACAGUCAGGACGUCACUGGUUUUUACAGUUUAAAUUGAAAAAAUGAGUUCAGGAAAUAUUUCUCAAGGAUCGACUUGGGCCUCUGAUGAGGUUUCAAUGUUGAUAAGUAUAUGGGCAGACGAAAAAAUACAGCAACAGCUAGACAAUUGUUCCCGAAAGAGGUCAGUCUUUGAGAAGAUUGCGAAGAGGUUGGAAGCUGAAAGUGAAGGCCGAUUUACCCGCUCGUACCAGCAAGUCAGCGAAAAAAUAAAACAACUAAAGAAAGCAUAUAAAAAAGUGAAAGACAAUAACAACUUAUCUGGAAGGUCACGAAAAACUUUUAAGCAUUUCGACCAAAUGGAUAGGGUUAUGGGAGAUAGGCCCAUAACUAGGCCUCCAAGUUUAUUCGAGAGCAGUGAGCAAGCUUCAAUUCAGGGUGAUAUCGAUGAUGAUGAGUUUGCCCUGGAAGACCCUGAGGAGCCUGAUUUUGAUAAUAAUGCCUCUUUGGUUGAGCAGGAUCAGAUAGAGAGCUCAUUAACUACAACAUCAUCAUCAGCUCCUUCACCAGCAGCUACAGCUACCUCAAGCAACGGAACUCCACCCUUAACUAAGCCAUCCACAGUGCCCAAUGAAGAUCAGGAAACUCCUGUCAAUAAGGAGAAUAUUCUUAGCUCAAGAAGAGGAAAAAGUAAAAAAAAAAAGCAGGAAGAGACAUUCAUGUCAACUGCCUUUGAAAUUAUGCAAAAGCAGCAACAAGUAGCAGAUGACAGGUUUUUUAAAAUGGAAGAAGAGAGGCAACGUCGUGAAUAUGAAAGAGAGGAGAAGAGAAGAAAAGAGGAACAGCAACACGAAAUCUAUAUGAUGCAGAUGAUGGGGAAUAUGUUUAUGAGAGUGGCUGAAAGUUUUAAUUGUGGUCCAAAUUUUGCCUACCAGCAACAAAUGCCAGGUUUUCAACAUAUUCAGCAACAACAGAGAAGCCAAUAUCCUAAUCCAUCUGCUUCUACCAGUAGUGGAGAACUUCCAUCUGAUGGAAUGCAUUACACUUCGUUGUAGAAUAAACACAAAAAACUACAUAUUAUCAAUCUACUGUAUAUAUAACCAUUGUAAUCCAUAAAAUGAUGUUUGUUGUUCUUAUGUUAGUUAGUAUAGUAAAGUUGUUAUGCUCUUUAUAUUUUAAAGUUUUUAAUAGAUAAAAGUUCUAACGUUAGCUGAUAUAUAAAGUUGUUAUGUUAGUUAUGUUUAAAAGUUUUUUAUAGAUAAAAGUUCUUACUAGCAAAUAUA